AUGACGCCUUACCAAGUCGAUGAUGCCGAAUUUGACGCAUUACGAGGCAAGACAAUCUUAUUGACGGGAUGUUCAACUGGGAUUGGAAACGCAACGGCGCUUCUAGCACAUAAGCACGGUGCCAACCUCAUCCUGGGUGAUUGGGCAGAGAAGGAGGGCCAGUCACUAGCAGCAGGACUCGGCGAACGCGUCUUGUUCCAGAAAACAGAUGUGUCAUCAUGGUCUGACCAGCUGGCUCUCUUCGAAGUCGGCUACAAGAAGUUUGGAGCUCUAGACAUUGUUCUAGCAAAUGCCGGUGUCCAAGAGAUUGGCAACAUCCUGGAAGACAAAUACGACUCCGAAUCCGGGAAGUUACUGCCUCCUGUUCUGCAGACAAUAGAUGUGAACCUCUUGGGUGUCAUCUACACCACAAAGCUGGCUAUCCACUAUUUCGCCAAGCAGCCAGACACGAAGCAGUUUCAACUCGUCUUGACGGGUUCGGCUGCGUGCUUCCUCGAUACGCCUCCUUUAUGGACGUACUGCGCGGCCAAGGCCGGUGUGAUGGGCCUGAUGAGAUCGUUGAGGACACAGCUGCCCAAGAGCAACGGGGUGACUGUCAACAUGGUGGCUCCGUGGAUGACCAAAACACCCAUGUUGACUGAUCAGUUCUUGAGUGUCUGGGGUGAGCUUCCGGCGAAUGAGCCUAUUGGGGUAGCCAGAGCACUUCUUCUGCCGGCUGUCAGAAAGGAUUUGAAUGGAAAGUCGCUGUUUGUGGCAGGACAUGAGAUUGUUGAUUUUGAGGAGGGUCUUGAGAGAACUCAACCGCAGUGGAUGGGGGAGCAAUUGAGUAAGCAUGUGGUUGAAGGUCAACGGCGGCUGAUACCAUGA